CAUGUGCUGAUUUCGCAAUUUAAGAAAAAAAAAUGGCAACGACUGGCAUGCUGUUGGUGUCUCUGUGUUUGGUACUGAUCACUGGGGGCUCUGCCUUUUGUCCCAGGGAUCCGGUGAAUGGAUUUUGGGAUGAAGAUAAAUGGAAUGAGCGCUGUAUUCUGAGGUGUCAUAGUGGAUUUGAACCGUCGAGCUGCCACGUUCUCCGGUUUCAGCGAGAGAAUUGGAACCACGAUAUCCCUACCUGCCAAACAGCGUCGUUGGUGUCGGGGAAAACUCUCGUGGCCGUAGGGGCCGGAACAGCUGCCGUGGUAGCCCUUCCCGCAGUUUUAGCGGGGGCGGGGUUUACUGCCGCUGGGGUGGCAGCCGGAAGUCUAGCGGCGUGGAUUCAGGUACUAAUAUUAAUUUUCGAUAGUAUAAAAAAUGGAUGGGUGCUGAAUGUUAUUCACUAUUGCUGUAAAGGUGGAAAUAUUUACGUAGUGGAGAUCUUCGAAUUUUACAAAAUUCCAUCAAAUGAUAUAUUUCAAUCAUAUACAAAGUAUGAUUAAAUAAUGAUUUUGCAAACACUGUGACGUCACCUGAUGGUGGAGAAACCUUAAUUCAUAGACUUCCAGAUAUGAUUUCGAGUUUUAGAAAAAUUACAUCAAUAUUCAAUAUCAUGCUAUCAAAUACAUUUCAUGUAUAUCUUUGUCUUCUCUCAAUAUUUGGUGUACUUUCUCUUUACCUGAACAGGCCCCGUUUACUGCCGCUGGUGGUUGGUUUGCCGCGGCACAGAGCGCAGGCGUUGUAGGAGCCGCCGCCACCACGAAAGCUGGAGUUGGUGCUACCGUGGCGACAGCAACACGCGCAGUCUCUUCAUUCUUCUCAAAUUGUGAACCGGAGUAAGCCCUGUUCUACAGGAAUAAGAGACGUUCUCGGGCUAAAUGUGUUUUACGACCAACCACUAUCAAUCUGUGUUUGUUUUUAUUUUCAGUUAAUAUAAAAAUGUCUGUACGUCUCUUCUGUUAAGGUAGCUAUUGAUAGCUAGCCCAAAAAAAAAACGCUCAUUGAAUUUUUUUCAAUUUUACUUAUUUUAACAUUUUGACUUUAUCCUAAAACAUAUAAAAAAAUCAACAAAAGUAAUCAGGUUAAUUUUCGAGGAAAGCGAGAUUGAAAUCACCUCUUUUGCAGCCCCAAAAGGCAAAAAAUGCUAAAAUUGAGCAAAUUAACACAAAAGCCAAUAAAAAUUUUAUUGACACCAGAAAUAUUGUUUGUCAUAUAUAGUUAUGUAAAUUAAACACAAACAGAUAAAAAAUCAACAUGAAUUAGAUUUUCAAAAUGCAUCUAAGGAAAACAUUGGCAUGAUUCGACUUGGCAAUUGGCCAAAUUUACCCUAAAUAUGGCGUUUCUCAAAUACUAUCACGCAUACAUUUUUUGACAACAACAAAAUUCUACUCAUAAAAUUUCUGAUUUUAUUUCAUUUUUACAAUAAGUCAAGUAGUAUCUAAAAUAUUGAAUAGAAAAAAAUAUACCAAAUGAGGUUUAAUCUGAAACUAUGUCAGAUUUUGUAACCCUACCCCCUCCCUUCUAGAAAUGAAUUUUAAGAGAUACAGUCAGCAGAGAUAAGCUAUUGACCUUAAAUGAUUAAGCAUUCCCAAAUUACCAUAUUGAGCAUUCAAACUCACAAUACUAGAAGUUUCUAUGAGCCAUUUAAGAAUGAUAUAUAGUGUGUGCUAUUGCAGUUUACCUUUUUGCACUCACAAUGAUUGCCUAAAUAUUUAGUUAUUUUUCAUACAAUUUCUUGUAAUAACUAGACCAAAUCUAUUACCUAUACAUAUUUUUUGAUAGAAAUUUAUAUCACUAUACAGUAUAAUACACCAAAUAUGUUUAAAUAACCAUUUCAUAUUUCAAUAAAUAAUUAAUAUCAAUGGAAAGAGACCCAUGGACUGCCCAUGGAUCACUACAAUUAAGUCCAUCUGAGUCAUCUUACCCUCACAGAUAGGUGUGUCUUUCAUAAGUUUAAGAUUUCUAAUUGUAGUUUCACAUGGAACUAUUGGAUAACUGAGAAUGCAUGUACAUGUAUAUUGCAUUAACUAACGGAAGUUUUCCCCAGGUGAAGGUCUAUGUUCACUGUAUGUAUAGGGGGGGGGGGGAUGAAUUAGUUCCAUUAUGAAACUUUUCUAAAAAAUUUAUAUACAUUAAUGUAUCUAUGAUGUAUGUUUCAACUAAAUUUUGAAUUACAAGGAAAAUUCAAACACAUUGAUUGAAGUAAUAAAAUUUAUAUUCUAUCAUGUGCACAUUUUUUACUAAUAUAUCUAAGAAAAAAUAAUCAACAUUGAAAUUUCCUUUACAUCUAUGCAAUAUUAUUGUCUUUCAAAAGGCAUGUACUUGUAAUAUACGAGUACAUGACAUGUACUUAUUUUCCCUUAAAUUCACAAUUUAGUUUAAAGUAUGUUGUAUAACAUCCACUGCUCUGAGCUCAUAUAAGUGAAUUAAAUUAAUGUUUUUCAUCCAGUCCCAAAUUUUGCAGUAGUUCUUUAAUCUUCGGAACUUGAUCAAACAUUUUUAAAUUUGUGGAGUUGUGGGGGUCCAGGGGAUAUGUCAUCAUCAUUGUAAAUGGAGUACCUGUUCAAAAUAUAGAUAAAUAUAUUUAAAUAUAGCAAAAAAGAUGAAUAUCUGAUAUACUCAGAAUUGUCUUUACAAAUGUUUAUCAAAAAAAAAUAUAGUACCUCUCUUGCUGUUAUACUUGUUGACUCGAAAUCCACUUCAACCUGCACUGGUCCUAUCUAACCUCCCUCGGUCUUCAGGCUGAUGCCUAGAAAAAAGAUCAUCAUAAUUGAUAUUUGCACCGUUAGGUCUAUAUUAUACCAUUGAGUAAUUAGAUUGCGUCAUACAAUGUGAAUUUUAAAACUGUGUCUCAACACAUAUUCAGUUAAAAUUUAAAUACUGAUGUUUCAAAAUUAUAAAUUGCAAUGAGAUGACAUGUAUAUAUGUUUUCAUAAACUGCCAUAGACUUAUCAUAUCUGUUUUAUUUACAAAAUGUGGGUCAAGAGAAGGGCAUACGUGUAGUAUACAUAUCUUACUUAUACAUACAAUGCAUACAUUUGCCUAUGAGAGGGCAUAUGCAGACUUGUGAUUAAUUUACAUUAUUUAAAAAGGUUUUGCCAACCUACAUGUUUGUGUGAAACAAAAAACUUCAGGUUUGAUAUAUUUCUUAGGUCACUGAAAUUUCAAAGUAAUAAUAUAUGUAUACUAUAGUCUAGGGAAUUAUAAUUCAACACAUGCCCCCCCCCCCUUCCACUUUUUAUCCGGUUCCCUCAUACCCCUAGAUAGUAGGUCUAUACAGAUAUUUGUUUUUCAUUACUUUUAUACAUGUAGUUCAAGGUAUGUUAUUUUCGUAACAGUUAUUUUCAUAACGAUAUUAUUAUUUUCUUAAUAAAAGAGUUGUGAGAGCCCAUGUUUACAAAUGUGGUAUACAUUUACAUGACAUCCGUUCGUUUACAAUCACUGGCACAGGUGGGAGUUAUAUUUUAUGCACAUAUGGAAUACAUAUAUACAUACAAAAUAAUACAUCUACUGUAUGUCGUGUGUUUAAACUUACAGAUGUUAUUAUAAAUCGCGUUGUGAAAUAGCAGAGGAAAUGUGAGUUGAACUUUUGAAUACAAAUUUAUGGCAUUUUUUUUCAAUCACCAAACGAAACUAUGAUUUCGUUGUCCAACUUGAAUGCAUCCACCAACUUCCUCUUCUUGCAAGAAACUUUGUUAGGUCUCUCAAUGACUGUAUAAACAGUAUUUAAUCUCUCAGCAUGCAGCACUCGGACAUUACGAUGCAUCAAUCAACAACUUUGUUUACGUAGCGCAUCUAUGUACAUGGAUUGGUGGUUGGUUUAACAUUUCGAUUAGCAAAAAGUUUCACACAGAUGAAACAUUUGAUCUACCAUUAUUACAGACAUUGACGUAUACUUAUGUGGUAUGUGCAUAUUUUCUGUAGGCGAGUCAGUCACAGCAACAAAACACUUUCGGAACCCCUUUUUGUUUUUCGACUAUUCUAUGACGGAGUAAGGAAUUCCGGAAAAUGAAUUCACGUGAAAAUACACAAUUUUUACUGAUCACGUGGUUGCUAUCCGUCGCUACCUUAAUUGCUAUAAAAUCACAUGUUAAGUGUUCCUCUGGUCUAUCAUUUGAAAUCAGAUUAAAAGAUAUUUACCUUUC